CAAACGCAGUAGUCUUAGUUAGGUACUAUUGGAAAAUGGAUCUACUGCAUUACUACAUCUCCUUUGCAGCCAUUUUUCUUGUGGUACCCAUCGAAAGUGCCAACAUAUUGGCCAUCACUUUCGUACCAUCAGUGAGCCACCAAGAAGUCUACCAACCUAUAUGGAGGGAACUUUCUCUGAGAGGUCACAACGUGACUGUUAUGACUACGAAUGUCCUCGCGGAUCCUUCGCUGGUCAAUUUGACACAAAUAGAUGUGAGCUUCGUUUACAAAUACAUGAACGUACCUCUCAAAUCUUUCCGAGAUGCUACCAUACUUCAGAAUAUAUUCUUCAUUGACUUUUUCUUCUCGAAACUGUUACAAGCAGAGAUCGCCCAUGAGGACGUGCAAAAGCUGUUGCAGAGAGAUGAUGAUGAGUUCGAUUUGGUCGUAUUGGAAGCUCUGCACCCCCUUGUGUAUGGUUUCGCAGCCAAGUUCAAAGCUCCAGUUGUAGCAAUAUCAACACUAGAACCUUUCAUACCUUUUCACGAUGCUCUUGGGAAUCCAACUCAUCCUGUGUUACGACCUGACAAUUUCAUUCACUUCUAUGGGGAACCUACACUUAAAGACAGAAUGACAAGUUUUCUGCACAACAUCUUCUACAGGGCAAUUUACUACUGGCGUUUACUUCCGGAAGCAGAUAAAGUAGCAAGAAAGUUUUUUGGCAGAAACAUUCCCUACUUGGGAGAUGUCAUUGGAAACACCAGCCUGAUGCUAAUCAACAGUAAUCCAAUAUUGAAUACACCAGUGGCUAAUGUACCAAGUGUGAUCAGUUUCGGCAAUGUGCAUAUUAAGGAGGCCAAACCACUACCCAAGGAUAUCCAAAAAUUUCUUGAUGCCUCUUCGAGGGGAGUUGUUUACUUCAGCCUUGGUAGCAAUGUCAAAAGUACUAGCUUAGGAACGGAAAUGAGAGACAUCAUCACUCAAGCUCUGUCAGAACUUCCCUUCAACGUAAUAUGGAAAUGGGAAGAAGACGAGCUGCCAGGAAAGCCUGACAAUGUACUGCUGAAGAAAUGGCUACCACAACAGGAAGUUCUCAGACAUCCCAACGUCAAAGUUUUUGUUACUCAGGGAGGUCUUCAAUCGAUAGAGCAAUCCAUUGCUUUUGGAGUUCCUAUGGUUGGAAUACCAAUUUAUGGUGAUCAACCAACGAAUGUGAAGACCCUCGUUGAUGGGGGAAUGGCAUUAUUUAUAGAUUUCAAAUCAAUAACAAAGGACGAACUCAAAAAAGCCAUCUUGGAAGUGGGGACAAACAUAAAGUACCGAGAACGAGUAGUAAAAGCUAGAGAACUCAUCCAGGACCAACCAAUGAAUGGACUAGAUAAAGCUGUCUGGUGGAUUGAGCAUGUUAUCAGACACAAGGGUGCGAGACAUCUUCGCAGCCCUGCCGCUGACAUGCCCAUUUUCCAAUAUUUCAUGGUGGAUGUGAUUGCAAUCCUGUUGUUUGGGCUUUAUCUUUCAGUCAAACUCACGAAAUUGAUUAUUAGGUGGACGGUUAGAGGCCUUACGAUUGGUUUUGAGGUUUUCAAAAAAUUUUUAAAUAAUAAACUACUUGCAAGUAAACAGAAGGCAAGCUGAGAGAAAUAAAUCAGUUUGAAUAGUUUUUUUAUUUUAUUUUUGAAGCACUGAGAAUUUUUUGAAGCUAUAACUUCUUCGAUACCUACUUCAACUUAUACUUAACGCUUCAGUUUUGUAUGCACCGUAUCAAUAAAUCGCACAUAAUCAUUUGUCAA